UUGGUUAAGCAAAAUGUGCAAUCUUGUUUAAUUUACUGAGCACGAAAGUUACUUGAGUUGAUACCACUAUAAGUAGUCACAGGAGUGUGUACCCUAUUUUCACAUCAAACUAGCAAACAACCAAAUGAAGAUGGGUACUUUCUCAAAUUCAUACUUACUUGUAGUUUCAUUACUCAUUUUCUCAAUCUCAUUUGGAGUUUCAUCAAAAACCUUAGACAUUCACGAGAAAUUUCUCCAAUGUCUUUCUCAAAACUCUCACACUUACAUUCCAACAUACAUAAAAACCAGUCCUAACUACACAUCCAUCUUGGAAUCCAAUGUGUUUAACCAAAGACCUUUAUCAUCAUCCACCAAUGUCAAACCCUUUCUUAUAAUCACACCCUUGCAAGAAUCCCAUGUCCAAGCAUCUGUAAUUUGUUCGAAGAAACAUGUGACUCAACUUAAAGUUAGAAGUGGAGGUCAUGAUUAUGAAGGUAUCUCUUACGUAUCUGAUGUUCCAUUUGUGAUUCUUGAAAUGAUAAACCUCCGAGCCAUCAAUGUAGAUGCAAAAGCUAGAACCGCAUGGGUUCAAGCAGGUGCUACGGUAGGCGAACUUUAUUACAGGAUUGCGGAGAAAAGUCGAACUCUUGGUUUUCCUGCGGCUGUUUGUACAACGGUUGGUGUGGGUGGUCAAUUCAGUGGAGGUGGGUAUGGUUCCAUGCUAAGAAAAUAUGGCCUUGCAGAUGAUAAUAUCAUUGAUAUUAGAAUAGUCGAUGCUCGUGGAAAAAUUCUCAACAAAAAAACCAUGGGCAAGGACUUGUUUUGGGCUAUUCGAGGAGGUGGAGGAGGAAGCUUUGGAGUCGUUCUUUCAUGGAAGAUCAAAUUGGUUCCUAUUCCACCUACUGUGACUAUCUUUACCGUCACCAAAACCUUAGAAGAAGGUGCAACUGGGCUUGUCCAUAAGUGGCAAGAAGUUGCACCAAAAUUUCCCAACGAACUCUUCAUGAGAGUAAUCCUUACUUUAACUAAUUCUACCACUCAAAAAGGAAAGACAACAAUCCAAGCAUCAUUCAACUCCAUGUACCUUGGGGAUACUACAAAACUCCUACUUGUGAUGAAAGAGAGGUUUCCUGAGUUGGGGUUGAAGAGUAAAGAUUGUACCGAGACGAGUUGGGUUCGGUCAACUCUCUAUUUCGGCAAUUUUCCGGCGGAAAGUCCUCUCAAUAACUUACUGAAUAGGAAUAAAGCAGCAAACACAUUCAAGGCAAAGUCCGAUUACGUAAGACACCCCAUUUCCAAAACGGGAUUGGAGGGGUUAUGGAAAAGAGUUUUAGGAAAAGAGAAUCCGGUCAUAAUAUUCACUCCUUAUGGUGGAAGAAUGAAUGAGAUUUCAGAAUCAGCAACUCCAUUUCCACAUAGAAAUGGAACUCUAUAUAUGAUCAUGUACGUGGUAAUUUGGAAUGAACAAGGAGGGGUGGAAGGAUCUAAGCACAUUACUUGGAUGAGGAAUUUAUACAAGUAUAUGGCUCCGUAUGUUUCAAAAUCUCCAAGACAAGCUUAUGUCAAUUAUAGAGAUCUUGAUAUAGGUCAAAGCAAGAAUGGUACUGCAGGUUAUCAAUUAGGUAAAACUUGGGGUGAAAAGUACUUCAUGGGGAAUUAUAAAAGAUUGGUACAUGUGAAAAGUAGGUUCGAUCCUGAAAAUUUCUUUAGACAUGAACAGAGUAUUCCUUCUGUUGCCUUUUGAGUAUUGUUGGAAGUACCGUUUGAGGCAUGCAUUAGAGAUGCUAAUUGUAUUGUAACCAAAAUAUUGUGCACUCUUGCAAAACUCUAUUAAUGAUCAAUUAAUGAAGCUCUUGCUUCUUGGUGGUGA